AUGAGUGAAUUAACUGAAGGGAUUCCCCGUCGUCUCUUUAUUGGCCCUUAUCCGAUAGAAACUAGAUAUCGUGGGCAAAUGCCUUUAUGUGGCAGAUGUGGCGAAUAUGGACAUCGUGUUUCCAAGUGCUCGAAUGAUGUAAAGUGUUUCAAGUGUGGUCAAAAUGGUCACAUACAACGUCAAUGUUUCAAGUGUUUUCUAUGUGGCCAGUUUGGGCAUGUCAGGGCAAAUUGUCUAGAGAAUCGACGUGACGUGUCCAAUGACAGAGAUGAUGAAACGUCGGAAAGUAAUUUCAGUAACGAUAUCGGUCGUGAUGAAGACAGUAGCGACGUGUCUCGGUCGAGUGAUGAAGAUAUGGACCCUGUGGAAUCGACAAGUGGUAAGGAUCCAGGUGGCAUCAGAGAUGAAGUUAUGAACGCGAUAUCCAAUGAUGCCAGCCAACAUCACCCAACAGAACAAGGAUCUGUCCAAACAGUCGAGAACAACAAGAGAAAAGCAGAAGAGGACGUUUCCAUACCUGACGAAGGUGUUAAGGUUCCUGAAGACUCCACUGAUCAACUAGCCUGCGAACAGGCUCUCAAGCUGAAUUGAGAGCCUGCAUCGAUGACUAAUGAAUUCAAAUAUCUGCGUCUCAAAUCGUGACGCGAAAUUCUCAUUGGUCAGAUGCUAUAAUUUAUAUGUUUCCGCUGAGCUCUAUAUAUGUCAACUGCUGAAGCACUAUGCAUAAAAAACACAUUAACUGAUCAAAUUGGUCUUGGUCAUCUUAUCUCAAAGCACGAAAUGUUCUGUUUUGAGAAAACAGUAUUUAAAACAUUUGAACUUUUGCUUGAAUAUCUUAUAUUUCGAAAACCAGUAUAAACUGUACGGUCUAAAUUUAGUUUGCAUGGUCUAAAUUUAGUUUGCACGAAAGUUGUAAACAACACCAUAUAAGGAUAGACAUUCCAUAUUUGGAAAAAGAACGUUACGGGGCAGAUAUUCAAAUUCAUUAGUCAUCGAUGCAGGCUCUCAAUUCAGCUUGAGAGCCUGUUCGCAGGCUACUGAUCAACGUAUUAGUGAUAUGGGAGGCUCACCUGAAGAACAGAAAAAAAGACCGAUAAUUAAGGGGGAAAAGAAGAAGAGAAAAAAACAUAAUAAACUUUAAGGAACAAUGGCGGAAAUGAGUGUGGUAUCUUUAAAUGUUAAUGGACUUAGAGAUCAUCAGAAGCGUCGUCUGCUGUUUGACUUUUUAAAGUGUGAAAAAUUUGAUGUUAUAUUUCUUCAAGAAACGCAUAUUGCAACUGUUGAAGAUUGUGUAAAAUGGAACAAAGAGUCGGGACUGAAAAGGUAUUGGAGUCUUGGCUUGUCAAAUAGUUGUGGUGUUGGUAUAUUACUCCGUGAUCCCGACAGAUUCAAACACUGUACUUUUCGUUGUGAUGCUGCUGGACGUAUCAUUUCUUUGGACUGUACAUUCAAUAGUCAGGACUUGCGGUUUAUUAUUAUAUAUGCCCCUACUGACGAGACUAAGCGCAUAGAAUUUUUUCAAAGUCUUGAUACACAUUUUGUCUCUCGUAAGGAUAAAUAUGGCGGAAAUCCAGCCUCAGGAGAUACUGGUGCUUUACAUCUGAAUAAACUAAUACAGCGAUUUGAUUUAGUUGACAUUUGGCGUAAACAGCACCCAACUGAUCGCCAAUUUACGUGGCAAACUAAACGUGGUAGUAUUAAAUGUCGUUUGUAUUUUUCUUCAUUGCUUGUAAGGGAUUAUGACAUCAAAACAGACAUAAUGAUAUAUCCAUAUUCGGAUCAUGAUCUUGUUCGGAUAUUGUUAACGGUUGACAAAGCUAGUAGUAAUAUUGGCCCCGGUGUGUGGAAGUUAUAUGUCUCAUUAUUACAAGUGCAAGAAGUUCGCGAGCAAAUUGCUUCAUUUUGGGAACAUUGGAAAGAUCGGAAAAGUGAUUUUGGUAAUGUAGCAGAAUGGUGGGAUUAUGGCAAGUUAAGAGUUAAAUUUCUUUUUCUCAAAUAUAGUCGCAAAGAAUCUCGAAAGCGCAAGCAAGAACGAGCGACCGUACUUAAUCGCUAUCGUCGUAUUGUGUGUAAAACAAAUUUAUCGGAGGAUGAAGUUAAAGAACUAGACUUAGUUAAGUCCCAAUUGGAAACUAUGGAUUUAAAACGUAUCCAAGGAAACAAGAUCCGAAGUAGAGCAAAAUGGCUCGAAUCAAACGAACAGCCAUCGCGCUUUUUCUUCCAAAAGGAGAAAAGAAGAGCGGUUAAGAAAACGUGUCAUGCUCUACGCACAAGUGAUGGGCGGAGAGUGACUGAGCAAGAUGAUAUCUCAAAGGAACAAGUUAGAUAUUAUAAAGAACUUUAUUCAAAUGUGCCGACAGACAAAGUUGCCGUAGGUCGGUUACUCAAUUUAUUUGACAGGAAACUAACAAAUGAGCAACGCGAUUCAAGCGAGGGACAGUUAACGGUGGGUGAAUGUUUGGUAGCAGUAAAGUCUAUGGCAAAUGGCAAAAUACCGGGUUCAGACGGUCCACCGAAAGAAUUUUAUUUGUCCUUUUGGGAACUGCUUAAAGAAGACUUUGUUGAAAUGGCAAAUUAUUGUUUUUCAGUUGAACUGAUGCCCGAGUCUAUGCGCCAGGCAUUAAUAUCACUGUUGUUUAAGAAAGAAGAUCCUGAAUUGUUGAAAAAUUGGCGCCCAAUUUCGCUCCUCAAUACAGAUUGCAAGAUUAUUACAAAAGUUCUUGUAAAUCGUGUUAAACCUGUUAUGCCUAUGAUAAUUCACCCGGAUCAAUGCUGUUCUGUCCCUGGACGUUCGAAUGAAGAUAAUGGAAGUUAA